GUACUAAUAAUUAAUACCUAUUUUGGGUUACAGGACAUAGACAAUAUAUGACAUGUAUGUAAGCUUUUUCAAGCUUCACGAAAACAACGGACUAGAACUAGUGUGUAUGGAAGUGCGUUAGAUUGAUUGCGCCGCAAGUAAUUUUCUGUGUGUCGUAUAAGGUGAGGAAUGAAUGAGGAUAAAUCAAUUUAAGUGGUCAAAAAGGGAACAAAUUUUAUUUAAGUUGCAUCAAAUUCAGAAUGGCUAGUUUAGAGCAACAAGCAUCUAAACUUUUGGAUUUUAACCAAAAAUUAGACAUCAAUUUACUUGAUAAUAUUGUUGGAUGCUUGUAUUCAACUGUCGGAGAGCAACAACGCAUUGCCCAGGAUAUAUUGACUGCUCUUAAAGAACAUCCUGAUGCUUGGACUCGUGUUGAUACAAUAUUGGAAUAUUCUCAAAAUCAGGAAACUAAAUAUUAUGCUCUACAAAUAUUAGAGCAAGUUAUACAGACUAGAUGGAAAGUUUUACCACGAAAUCAAUGUGAAGGGAUAAAAAAAUACAUUGUGGGUCUAAUUAUUAAAAAUUCAUCCGAUCCUGUUGUUAUGGAAAAUAACAAAGUAUAUUUGAAAAAACUCAACAUGAUAUUGAUCCAGGUGUUAAAAAGAGAAUGGCCCCACAAUUGGGAAACUUUCAUUAGUGAUAUAGUGGGUGCUUCUAAGACAAAUGAGAGUCUUUGUCAAAAUAACAUGGUAAUUUUAAAACUCUUAAGUGAGGAAGUAUUUGUGUUUAGUACUGGACAACUCACACAGACCAAAGCAAAACAUCUCAAGGAUACUAUGUGCACAGAAUUCAGUCAAAUUUUUCAAUUGUGUCAAUUUGUGCUUGAAAACUCCCAAAAUGCUCCAUUAGUUGAUGCAACACUCCAUACAUUACUACGAUUUUUGAAUUGGAUUCCACUUGGAUAUAUAUUUGAAAUGAAAUUGAUAAGUACUCUAAUUUUUAAAUUCCUGAAUGUGCCUAUGUUUCGUAAUGUAACUUUGAGUUGUUUGACAGAGAUUGCUGGAGUUAUUGUCAGCAAUUAUGAGGAACAAUUUGUGGCAUUACUGGUGCAAACAAUGGAACAACUGGAGGUGAUGCUCCCACUCACUACCAAUAUUCGUGAAGCUUAUGCAACUGGUCGACAUCAGGAACAAGUAUUUAUACAAAAUUUAGCUUUGUUUCUGUGUACAUACUUAAAAGAACAUGGGGAGCUUAUUGAAAGAAGGGGUCUCACAAAUACUUUGAUGAAUGCUCUUCGCUAUCUGGUUCUGAUAUCAGAAGUAGAAGAAGUGGAAAUAUUUAAAAUUUGCUUGGAAUACUGGAAUGCAUUAGCUACUGAUUUAUAUAAAAUGUCACCAUGCUCACAUUCCUCCAGUUUGUACAGCCUGGGUAAGAGUGUAGGGAGAAAGGCUUUGUAUGCUGAAGUCCUUAGUAGUGUGCGGUAUAUAAUGAUAUCCAGAAUGGCCAAACCAGAGGAAGUAUUGGUAGUUGAAAAUGAAAAUGGUGAAGUUGUGCGGGAAUUCAUGAAAGAUACUGAUUCAAUAAAUCUGUAUAAGAACAUGAGGGAAACAUUAGUUUACUUAACACAUUUGGAUUAUCAAGACACAGAGCGCAUCAUGACUGAAAAAUUACAGAAUCAAGUUAAUGGUACUGAGUGGUCAUGGAAAAAUCUUAAUACACUAUGUUGGGCUAUUGGUUCCAUUUCUGGAGCUAUGAUGGAAGAAGAUGAAAAACGAUUUCUGGUUGUUGUUAUAAAAGAGCUAUUAGGAUUAUGUGAACAGAAAAAGGGUAAAGACAACAAAGCCAUUAUUGCUAGCAACAUUAUGUAUGUGGUUGGUCAAUAUCCUCGUUUCCUACGUGCUCACUGGAAGUUUUUGAAAACUGUUGUGAAUAAACUUUUUGAAUUCAUGCAUGAGACUCAUGAUGGUGUACAAGAUAUGGCUUGUGACACAUUCAUAAAAAUUGCUCUUAAGUGUCGUCGUCACUUUGUCACUACCCAAGUCGGAGAAGCUUGUCCUUUUAUUGAAGAAAUUUUAAGCACAAUCAGCACUAUUAUUUGUGACUUACAGACCCUCCAAGUACAUACUUUCUAUGAGGCUGUGGGGUACAUGAUUAGUGCACAAAUUGAUCAAGUUGCUCAAGAGCAGCUAAUUGAAAAGUAUAUGCUUCUUCCCAAUCAAGUAUGGGAUGAUAUUAUAUCACAAGCCUCACAUAAUGUUGAUAUACUUAAAGAUACAGAAGCUGUCAAACAACUUGUUAGUAUUCUUAAGACCAAUGUCCGUGCUUGUCGUGCUUUAGGACACCCAUAUGUUGUGCAGCUGGGUAGAAUAUAUUUGGAUAUGUUAAAUGUAUACAAGGUAAUGUCUGAGAAUAUUAGUCAGGCUAUAGCAUUGAAUGGUGUUGUUGUCACUAAACAACCACUCAUAAAAAACAUGAGAAUAAUUAAGAAAGAAACACUGAAAUUGAUAGCUAGUUGGGUGUCACGAUCUACUGACAACAGUAUGGUUCUCGAAAAUUUUAUUCCACCACUGCUUGAUGCUGUUCUCUUGGAUUAUCAACGAACUACAGUACCAGAUGCACGAGAGCCUGAAGUUUUGUCCUGUAUGGCUGCAAUUGUCUAUAAACUUGGUGGACAUAUAACAUCAGAAGUUCCAAAAAUAUUUGAUGCUGUAUUUGAAUGUACUCUUGAGAUGAUCAAUAAAGAUUUUGAAGAGUAUCCGGAACACAGAACAGAGUUCUUUUUGCUUUUGCAAGCAGUUAAUACACAUUGUUUCAAGGCAUUCCUAAGUAUACCACCAGCACAAUUUAAGCUGGUUUUGGAUUCUAUUAUUUGGGCAUUUAAGCACACAAUGAGAAAUGUAGCAGAUACUGGCCUUCAAAUAUUAUAUCGAUUACUACAAAAUGUAGAACAACAUCCUCAGGCAGCACAAAGUUUCUACCAGACAUAUUUAUGUGAUAUCUUGGAACAUGUCUUCAGUGUAGUGACUGACACUUCCCAUGGUGCGGGUCUCACCAUGCACGCUACAAUAUUAGCGUACAUUUUCUCUUUGGUGGAGGCAGGCCGUGUCACAGUGGCGCUUGGUCCUACACCCGAUAAUGUCCUAUAUAUACAGGAAUAUGUGGCAAAUCUUCUUAAAACAGCAUUCCCUCAUUUAACAGACAACCAAAUAAAAAUUACUGUACAAGGGUUGUUUAAUUUGGACCAAGAUAUUCCUGCUUUUAAAGAUCAUCUGAGAGAUUUCUUAGUACAGAUAAGGGAAUAUACUGGGGAAGAUGACAGUGAUCUGUAUUUGGAGGAGCGUUUAUUUGCUCUCCGCCAAGCCCAAGAAGAGAAGCGAAGGGUACAACUAUCUGUACCUGGUAUUCUUAACCCUCAUGAAUUGCCUGAAGAGAUGCAAGAUUAAAUUGUAACUUACUAACAAACAAAACACUAUGGUAACAGUUCAAUUCAACGUUAAGGACAGGGGAUAAGAUAAAAGAUAAAAAUAUGGAUACCUAUUUAUUAUAUCAGGAUCUAAACAAUUCCAUAUAUUUUUUUACACAAAUGACCUUACAAAUAAAAUUAAUACUGACAUGAAUUAUAUAAAUUAUGUUUAAGUGGGUACUUAAGUUAUACAUGUAUGUUAUUCUUGUUCAAACAUAUUUGAGAUAGAUUAAUAUAAAGAUUGUUUAGUGUGAAUCCUGAUGGAGGGUCCUAGAAAUGUAUUAAUUCCAGACAUUCUAACUUUAGAUGAUAACAUCUAUUCUGGAAUAAUAUUAAGCUAAUCAAUAAGAGUAAAGUAAUAAGCGCAUGGAAUGAAUUGAAAUGUUUACAUUGUACUCCAUUAUAUCAGUUUAAAUCAGAGGAACUUAGUGAUUAAUUACAAUGAAAGUAAUUAAUUACCAUAAAGAAGUGAAAUAACAAUAUUUUGCAGCGAGAGUGGCAUAAUAUUGUUUUAAUGAAGGUAUAUAUGUAACAAAUAUAUUAUUUCCUCUAGAAUAAUUACGCGAAAAUAGAAAAUUCACAAAGUAUUGGUGACAUAGGCUGCUGUAAUUUUGGGUCACGUAAUGGACUGUUACCGAUGGUGUGGGUCAGAGUCUUGUACCUUCAAAAUGUUGCCCUCUUAUGCCAGUUUGUACAGAGGUCCGUUAGGAACAAUGCAAGGUGAUGAAUGUAAGUGAAUGGGUUAUAUAAACCUUUUCUAUGACGGUAUGUUUUGUUGGCACAAGAUUUACUUGACCAUUUUAGUUAUAAGCUGAAAAUCAUGCAUCAAUUUACAUUGCUAUAACGGAAAUAGAAUAUUUCUAUGUUUUUAAGAUAAUCUGCAAAUGUAGGUAACGAAAUCUCUGUGAUGGAAAUCAGUGUCGGAUAUUCAACAUGUGCGGUACGGAAACUGAGUAUUACUUAGUAGAUUCUAGAAAAACUGUUAAGUGCAUUGCUGUUAGUAACAUUUUUAUGUUUUGUUUAAUGUUGUCAGAACUAAUUUCGUAUGGUUUUGAAAUCUAAAUAUUCAAAAUAGAUUUCUGGAUGCAUUUUGGAUCCGAUUAACUGUCAGUCUUUCAAUUUUGUGUUUGAAUAAACCUAUAAAUAUUAAUAAAA